CCGGCUCCGCGCGGCUUUUCUGAGUGUUACGGCGCCCUCCUCCCGCCCCUGCGCCGCGCGGGCGGGGACCCACCGGUUCCGCUCGGUAAUAGCCGGCGGAAAAAGAGGACCCCCGGGAGCGGACCCCGGCGUCUGGCUUCCCAGCCCGGUUCAGGCUUGGGCGCGCAUGGAGGGGACCGUGGAGUUCCAGACACCUGACCUGCGAGACGUGGAGGGCAAGGUGGGCAGGAAGACCCCUGAAGGGCUGCUCCGCGGGCUGCGAGGCGAGUGGGAGCCCGGAACCUCUGAUGCGCUGUUGCUCCCGGGGGCGACCAGCAGAAGCCCCGGCCUGGGGGACAAGAUCAUGGCGCUAAGGAUGGAGCUGGCUUACCUGCGAGCUAUUGAUGUGAAGAUCCUGCAGCAGCUGGUGACCUUGAACGAGGGCAUUGAGGCAGUGCGUUGGCUGUUGGAGGAACGGGGGACACUGACCAGUCAUUGCAGUAGCCUCACCAGCAGCCAAUACAGCCUGACAGGCGGGAGCCCAGGCCGCUCAAGGCGGGGCAGCUGGGACAGCCUUCCAGACACCAGCUCUACUGACCGGCUGGACAGUGUCUCUAUUGGCAGCUUCUUGGACACUGUGGCCCCCAGAGAGCUUGAUGAACAGGGUCCCCCAGGGGCUCCCUGUCCUGAGAUUGACUGGACAAAGGUUAUACCUGGCGAGGAGAGGGCCAGGACUGAGGUGGACCUCACAGCCACCAGGCUAGAGAGCUUAAUGUCUCUGAGGAAGCCUCCAGGGGAGGGGCUCCAAGGUGGACCAUUGGAGCCACCAGAGGACGAGAGUGCCAAACUGGACUUUGAGGCCCACUGGUACUGGGGACAAUGCCAAGAUGAUGUGACCUUCUUGUAACAACUUUCCCAACAUUUUGUACUCCUAUAGAUCUUUCAUCCCUUGGCCCUGGUCUCCCACAAAAUUUAUUCUCCCUCAGUCAAGGAGUAGGAAUAGGAUGCUCUGAAAUCAA